GCUCUACAGACCAGCACAAACAUGAAAGAGAAAGUGCUACACGCUCAGGGUGGCUGCCACCCGUGUCCUCCGGGGGGGAAGAUGGUCAUCCAGUGCUUGAGGUGUGGGGAGCCGUGCAAGGGAGAGGUGCUGCGAGUCCAGACCAGCCACUUCCACAUAAAGUGCUUUACCUGCAAAGUGUGCGGCUGUGACCUGGCUCAGAGUGGUUUCUUCAUGAAGAACGGAGACUACCUCUGCCCGCUGGACUUCCAAAGGCUUCACGGCACGCUCUGCAACAACUGCGGGGAAUUUGUAGAGGGAGAGGUGGUCACAGUCUUGGGGAAGACCUACCACCCAGCCUGCUUUGUGUGCACCAAUUGCAAACAGCCUUUUCCUGCCGGGGAUUGUGUCACCUUCAGUGGAAGGGAUUGUCUGUGUCAGCGCUGUAUCCGACCCGUGUCUCCUACUCCUAACGACAUCCAGUGUUCCAGUAACUGCUCUGGCUGUGGCAGAGACAUCAAGAAUGGCCAGGCUCUGUUAGCGCUGGGUGGCCAGUGGCACCUCGGCUGCUUCAAGUGUAAAGCCUGCAGAAAAGUGCUGAGCGGAGAAUACAUCAGCAAGGAUGGUGUUCCGUAUUGUGAGAGGGACUACCAGAUUCAAUUUGGGGUACAAUGUGAAGCAUGUCAGAAGUUUAUUACUGGAAAAGUCUUAGAGGCAGGGGAGAAACAUUAUCACCCCAGCUGCGCAAGAUGUAGCCGAUGUAACAAAAUGUUCACAGAAGGUGAAGAAAUGUAUCUGCAAGGAUCAACAGUUUGGCAUCCGGACUGCAGAGACAGCAGAACUGAGGAUACUUACAUGGUCGGCAGACCAAAAACACCUUCUCUUGCUUACUUUUUCCCUCAACAUGAACUGAAGGCCACUAGAUCGUCCUCUGAAAGCUCCUGUUCAAGGCCGGGCUCGUGCACGCCGGGGAGUCCUGGUCGGACCAUCUGUGCAAAAGUAGAUAACGAGAUCAUUGAUUACCGAGACUUAGCAGCCAUUCCCAGAGUCAAGGCUAUAUAUGACAUAGAGCAUCCUGAUAUGAUAUCUUAUAAGUCUGUGAACGACAACUCCUCUACUUUGGACAAAGGAAAGAGACAGGACAGGCAAAGCCCUGCAGAGUCACCAGGAAACGUAUCUGAAACCACAGAGGAGAGUCUAGAAGUAAGAAAUAGCAUACCAAAAUCUUCAAGCCAUGGAUAUUUUGGAGUUCAUGCAACGUACAAUCGUCACAGCUACACUCCAAGUCUGUCCAGAUCACCACAACACUUUCACCGCCCAGCAGAAGUGAUGCUUUCUCCCUCUUUAUUCUCUGGUAACAAUGACACACGCCCCACUUCCCCUUUAUACCACCACUUACUCCCUCAAACCAAAGAUGAAGGCUUCAACAUGUACAGGAGGCCUCCAAUUUAUAAACAGCAAGAUCUAAAAACCUCUUCAUCCCAAACAGCCUCUUUGCCUGGAUAUGGUCGCAAUGGCCUCCAUCCGCCACGCUCAGCUGACUUCUCCCAAUACAGCAGCGAAAGAUUCAGAGACUACAAGCUCCAUGACGGUCAACAUCCAUUAGCACGAAUGGACAGAGGAGUGUCUAUGCCUAAUUUAUUGGAACCAAAAGUCUACCCAUAUGAACUGCUCGCAGUCACCAGUAGAGGACGAGCGAAACUUCCCAAGGAUGUCGACAGAACAAGACUUGAGCGUCACCUUUCUCCGGAUUCAUUCUUUGAGGUCUUUGGCAUGGAGAUUCAAGAGUUUGACGUACUUCCACUGUGGAAACGUAAUGACAUGAAGAAGAGGGCAAAUCUCUUCUAAAUUCUGCCUAAUGCCCAUUUUAAAUUACUAAUAAUAUGUAGUGGGCUACAUUUUAUGUUCUGAUGACCCCUUUGUGUUUAUUUCUUUGCAUCUGACACAAACAUUAGGGGUUAAGUUUAGGGUUUCUUUUUGCCUGAAAACUGGAUACAACAUUGAUUUUCCAGUUAGUUUCUGUAGGCUAAUGUAAUGAAUGUUUAAAUGUAAUACCUCAAAGCAGACAUGAACAUGAGAACUCAACUUACUAUAGUCUUUGCUAAUAGAUAGCUAUUAUUAUUUUGUUUUUCCUAAGUCAGCCCCAUUUCCUCAAAAGUAACAUUCAUAUUGGACAAUUCAGCUGUAACAACUGAUGUCCAUUCAUUGUAAAAAAAAAAAAUAAAUAUUAAAAAAAAGUAUAAAGAGAGUCUUUGAUUCAAGAGACCAAAAUGUUUCAAACUGACAAUUCAUGUUGACCUUUGUGGCAUUUACCAAUGCAGAUAAUCCUUCUGUCAGGCCACCUAAGCUAGAUUUAACCCCUAAGAUAUAAACUGGUUAAACUUUUAACAAUGUGCUGCUGUGAUGUUAUUAUUGACUCUUGGUUGCACCAGAUCAGCAAAAUGCUCAUUUAUAUCAUUCAGGAGUAUUUGUGUAAAAUCAUAUGAUCAUUGACACCAUCUUUGAGGGGAACUAAUGUUUUAUUCCUAAAAUAUCUGCACUUGGUUACUGCAAGAUGGGUAAAAGUGAGAUACAUUAAUGAAGCAGUUUAAAAUUAAAUGACAAGAAUGUAUCAUCAUUUAUGAGAAAAGUAUGCAUUUGUCUAGUUGCCUGCUGAAAAUGAAAGAGUUGUUGGUUUUAGAUUACAGUUUGAGAUGGGUUAGGGUAUUAAUGGUGUUUAAAGUCUAAGGCAUUAGUGUCUAAAAUGGCUGUGAAGCUGGUUAAAGUUAGGUUGUAAUGAAAAGCUUUUGUAGAUAAAUAUUAUUCUCUCUCUAAAUAAUGUAAUGAUACCUGAUGUAUGGCGCAGUGAUUGUUAUUAAUGUGUAAUUUUGGUAAACUCAUCCCUGCUGUCAUUGUCACUUCUGUAUGAUAUUAUAUUUUUGUCACUCUUGAUUCUCACUUUGUUGUCUCCAAAUGUUGAAGCAGCCAAGAUUUGAGAACUGUGUAUUUAUGUCACAAAAUUAUCAUUGAAAUGUUCUUUAUUGGAAUAAUUAAAUGUUUCCCCCUGACUUAUUACUGUAUGUGUAAAUACCCUCACACUGCAGUCCCAGCACAUCACCUCAAGCGCCCUAAAUAAAAUC